CAGACCGCGACACACAGCGGAGUUCCUUCGUCACAAUCAUGACAUCGACACCAGCGACUCUCAUUGCUGGCGCCGAGACACCAGCCAGCGUAACACCUGGACAGCACCAUCCCCAUCAUCACCUGCACGGGACAGGAAGAAGGAUACGCCACUUCCUCCGCCCAGAUGGCAGGAAAGUUCACAUAGCAGGAAAUCCAGAUGAGGCGAGUCGCAUGGGUGAAGCACUCCGCAUGCAGGAAAAGGGUGACUUUGAUCUCGUGGUUCACGGAAGUCCUGAGCAUAUCGAAGCCCUUCGUCAUACACAUUCCCAUCACGAGGAGCGACAUCGCCAGCUCACGAAUGAACAUCCAGAUCUUGCAGCCGAGUUUGAACAUGUACUCCGCGAACUCGAUGCUCUGUCAGGGGAGCUUCACAUGAUUAGUGAACAUGCCGUGCAGCUCGAUGCGAAUUUCUCAAAGUACGGCUAUUCUGCGCACUUGCGCACCAGGGACUCUGGCGACGAAGAAAGCUCCUCUUCUGGUAGUUCGACCUUUGACAAAGAAACCUGGAACGCAGGCCGCAAGCUUGGCGAGACAAUGCGCUUCUACCAAAAACCCAUUGUUCGCCAGUACUUCCACAAAGGACUACUUUGGCGCGCAAGAGAGGCCCAAGAGGUCGCCAGUUAUGAGCUUUUCAUAGACCUUUUCUACGUUGGUAUCAUCGCUAUCACUGGGGACACCGCUGCCGAGCAUCCGGAUGGGAAAUCGCUACUCCGUUUUGUUAUCACGUUCAUCAUGGGCUGGAAAUUCUGGAGCGACAUCAGCCUCCUCAUAUCCUGGUUUGACAGUGAUGAUGUGCUGAGGCGUUGCAGCGUGCUAUUCGUCCUGACUUGUCUGCUUGGUUUCACGACUAAUGUGGUGGAGGCCUUCGAGCACACGUACACGCCGCUAGUUGCCUUCUAUGUCACUUCAAGGCUCUAUCUCAUCCUCAGUUUCUUCUGGUAUGCAUAUCAGAUCCCCAUGGUACGUGCCUCCAUGAUCGGCAAUGGCAUAAUCGCAUUGAUCCCGGUUGCGUUCUGGCUUGGCAGCAUCCACGUCGAGGAGCCGAGCCAACAGGGUCUUAUAUGGGUUGCCAUUCUGUUUGACUUAUUUGGUGGUUUCCUGAUGAUCACCGUUCAAAGGCCAGGGAUGAUUCAGAGGAGGUUGCCAGCGAGCUGGAAGGAGCGUCUGGAGUUCUUCCCAGGCACCAAUAUCGAGCACAGAAUCGAGCGGACAAACGCUUUUGUCACACUGGUUUUCGGAUCCUGCGUACUGGGUAUUCUUUACCAGAAUAGUGCGGUUAUGGGUGUGAAUGCGUUCUUCGGCAAGGCGGUGCUUGGCCUGAUCCAAGCCUUCACAUUCAAUUGGAUCUACUUUGAGAUUGACUCGUUCAAUCUACACACGCAUGCUAUUCGAAGGCAUGUGGCUUCCGCGAUGAUCUGGUUCUCUAUUCACCUGCCCUUUAUCAUGUCCUUCGUCUUGAGCGCCGGCGCACUUGCAGUACUCGUCCGCGCACACGACUGUCCGGACGCUGAUGUCGAAACCCUGUAUGAGACCUUCAUUCCCCGAUCGGAGGGUCACAUUUCUGCCGGCUUACAGUGGUACUAUUGCGGUGGUCUAGGCAUCUCGCUCAUGUGUCUUGCCAUCAUAGCAUGGACCCACACGCAUCGGAAAAUUCCAAACCAGCGUAUCAAGAAGCACUUCCGCCUUCUUUUCAGGGCCCUGGUCGCUAUCGUCAUUCUUUGUUUGCCUUUGGCACAUCUCAACAGCCUGCAGUUGGUGGCCACGACUACAGGGCUAGUCGUAAUUGUACUUGUGCUUGAAUUGGUUGGAAGUACCUGUUGGGGCGAAAGUUUCUGGUGGAAGACAGAAUGUGGUAGGAACAAGUGCAGCUACAGCGCGAGUUGUGGUGUGAGGAAAGAAGAGUUGGAGCAGUCACUCAAAGACGGGACGAUUCUGAACGUGGAAGAAAUUGCCAAAAGGGACCCGGGCGAGAAGGGAAGUGUCGGUGCGGUGUAGAGGGGAAGCGAUUGAGACGAAGAAGACUUCGUACUGCCCCCAGGAACAUUUGAAUAGCCACUUGGCACUUUUGUAGGAUCCAAAUCAUCAUUGCAGCUAACAUAUCACCGAGCUAUAACGUAAUAACUUUGAUUGAGUGUAUACACUCAGAGUGCCAUUGAAGGCAGAG